CAAAGCCCGCCCACUUCCGCACUGUGCGAAAGACUAUUGGUCAGAAACAACGUCAAUCAUGCUCCAAGCUAGUUCCAUUCCAGGAAUCCCAGUUUUACUCUGGAGAGGUAGGGAAAAGUCAAAACUACGUUGCGAAGCGUGAGGGCACCAAGUUAAAAAUAUCUCAGACGUCUUUAUAGCUCGAUUAAUACCGAAUAUACCACCGUUCUGUCACUGUAAAAGGCCUUUCCUUGGAUAACAGGGCUCUCCUUCCUGGAUCUUGUCUCCCAGAAUGCUUGGCGUGGAGCAGUGGAGAGGCUAACUACCUUAAAAUCAGCCUUGCCAUCGCCAGUUGAAAAUCAUGUCCCAGCUAAUACUCAGACACACCUUAAAGCCUAAAUGUAGCCUUCCUUGGCUUAUUUAUGCACUUGUUAACCUCUUGGCCUUGAACACUAAUUCCCAAACCGUUCUUACUGUACCCAAGCAAGUGAGCCUUUCAGCUAACUCGAGUGUGAGGGAGCUGACCAUAUCCUGGUUUGGAGGAUCUGCUUCAACCUUUGACCUCAUCAUCCUGAGAACUGAAUUCAAUACCACUGUUUUCUAUGACACAAUCUCUGCAAUAAUCAAUCAUGCGAGUGGUCGACAUGAGUGGAAAUGGACCUCUGCUGAACCUCUGGAGUGUACGUCACUGUCAGUCAGAAUCCGCUCAAGAGAUGGACAUGCAACAAGUGAAUGGAGCGAGACAGACACGCUUCCAGGACGAGAUCUUCCCAGCAUCAACGCUUUGCAGAUGUAUCCCCUGGACAGCGUUGUAGAAGUGGGCUCCAACGUGACCUUCUGCUGCAUCGUGGAGGAGGGAAAGACCUUUAAAGAUAUGCUCUAUGGAAAAACAGUUGUGACAUCAACACGACUGAGUCGAAGAAGUUAUGCUUCAACGGUGGUCAAUGUGAAACCAACAAACUUAUCAGGAAGCAACGUUGUCUGUCGCCUAAAUGAUCUUUCACUGACUGGAGCUGUCAUGUUUGUUGGAUAUCCACCUCUUCCCAGUGAUUUUGUUUGUGAGACUCAAGAUUUAAUAUCUGCUGUGUGCCACUGGAAAGAAGCUCGCGACAGCCACUUGAAUGGUGGACGUCGAAAAACACGGUACUCCGUGAACAGCAGGAAAUGUGAUGUGGAUCGUUUACCGCUGACGUGCAGCCUGCCUCUGUGGGAUGGUAACUGGACACUGAUGGCUGUGAAUAACCUCGGACACUACAGUCUCAGUGACUCGGCUGAGCUUAGUCAUAGAGUUCGUCCUGUUGCACCAAUCGGUCUGAGCUCCAUUGUCCAUGCCUGGAAUGCCACCCUGAUGUGGGAGUGGACCAGUGAAGGCUAUCACACCCUGGACCUGAACUGUCAGGUGGAGUUCACCAAUGACCAGUCAAAACCACGUAACUUCUCUGGUGUGGGGCUUCGGUCUGUGCUGCUGUCUGGCCUGUACCCUGAUGAGGCUUACACGGUUCGCGUUCGUUGUGGAGCUCAAAAGUAUUUCUGGAAAUGGGGAGACUGGAGCCAGACGCUUUCUUUCAAAACCAAACCUGAUGUCUCAGAUGCUCCUGACGUGUGGAUGUGGAUGAACAAAGACAAAACUGGGCUGGUUGUUUGGAAGCCUUUAUCUCACCAUCAAAGCCACGGUCAAAUCACAGGUUAUGAAGUCACUCUUUGGAACCCUGAAGACGUUGAGCAGCACACACAAAUCCUGCCACCCAACACCUACUCUGUUCAAGUCAACCUCAGAGAAAUGGCUUCUGUCGGCGUUGACAAGAAAGUUUUUGCAACCGUCAUUAUAAAAACCAUCACAGGAGCAUCUCCUCCUUCACGUGUGCCUCUACAAUUCAUAGAUGAGGAACCCUCUGCUUUGUCAAAGUGUGUCUUUAACAACAGCAGGAUCUCUCUGUUCUGGCAGCACAGUGCUAGCAACACAUGCAAUUAUCUGGUAGAAUGGCUUGAUGCCUCUUGUGAGCAUGAUUGCCCUGUGAAAUGGAUCAGAGUGGCUGCUGGGAGCACAAAUCUUUCCAUUGAGUCAGAGAACUUCCAGCCAGGAGUGAGAUACAACUUUUCCCUGUACAGCUGCCCUUCAGAUUCUCCACAGCUCAUUAAGCGCUGGCAAGGAUACACUCAAGAGCUUGUUCCCUCCAGAUCAGUCCCACUGUCUGUCAAAAGCCAGGAUUCGGAUGUUGUCAUUACCUGGGGGGAAAUUCCCCUCUCAGAGCGAAGAGGCUUCGUCCUGGGCUACAACGUUUACAUCAGUAACGGUUCUGAGCUUACACUCCUAGCAAAUCUAUCUAGCGGUGGAAUGAGGAGACACAUAGUCAAGGGUCUCUCCGCUGGGACCUACAAGUUCACAGUGAAAGCAUACACAUCUGCAGGCGAGGACACAGGCACCACUGCUUCUGUUAAAUUGGAACCAUUCACAGAUGCACUGAUCCUGGAAAUGUUGGGAGUUUUGGGAAUUAUCACCGUGUUACUCGUUAUUGUUACUUUUAUAUGUUACAAAAAAAGAAAAUGGGUUAAAAAAGCAUUCUAUCCAGAGAUACCUGAGCCCAAGCUUCCUGGUGAUUGGUCCAGACCGCAGGGGCCUUUGGAUGUGAGGCCGUCUCCCCACAGCAUGGUUCACAUUGUCGAUAAACCCGAGCGGGAUCUCAACAAAGAGGCACUUGUCGUUAUUCCCGAAGAGGAGGAAUAUUUCGAGAAAGACGAGCCAGUCGACACUGAUGAGCCCAUGUCGUUGCGCUACUACAACCAGGUGGUAGACGAUCGCCCCAUAAGACCACGCUUCCCAGACUCCUCUGCUUCUUCAGCCUCUUCCUUGGAUUCGGCACACACGGAUGUUACAUACACUGGCAUUCAGACUUCAGGCUCGUCUCUGGUCUUCCAGCCGGACCCACAGGGAUCCUCCGAGGAGCGGCCACCUGAGGUUGUUCACUAUGAUGGCGGUUACAAGCCUCAGAUGCACCCUAAGGUCUUGAGUGAUGACGCGGGGCUAAAGCCCUCCAACCCCUUCCAUGAGCCAGAAGCUGCCAGUUCCGUGGGCUACAAACCCCAGUGCUCCUGGCAUUUGGACUCUCCCACAGAUGCAGAAACCGGCAGUCUGGCCCCCUCUCUUGGAUCCCCCACCUCCAUUGCUUCCACCCAGUUUCUCCUUCCUGAUGGGGAUGAAGAUGAAAAGAACAAACAGCAGCUGUCAUCAUCAGCAGCAACCUGGUUUAGCAACCUACUGUUGUCUUCAAAACCGUAAUAUCUUCAGUUUCUGGGUUUCUUGGGUCAGUAUGAACUCAUUCAAACAUGCUGCCAAGUUUAACCUCUUUCAAGAAAUAUCAUCUCUAAAGUUGCACUGCGUUGUCAGCCAUGCAUUUUUGUCAGCAGGUUCAUACAUUUGAAGGUGUUUAUACAAAAAAUAGAAAUAACUAUAAAGGUAUUUUCCCUGACAUGAAAAUAUCAAAACACAAAAUGUAUAUAUGUGUGCAGAGGGGAGUAUGUAUGCGUAGUGGUGUGGAUGUGUGUUCCUAAACCAUCCACGGCGUUUGAAUCGACAGGCUGAGGUGGGCAUUUCAUGUGUCUGAACACGUUUUGUGAUUAAGCUGCAGUAUUUGCAAUGUUUUGAUUGCAUUUCAUAACUUCUGGGUUUUCCAAACUUAAAGGAAUUUUGUGUGGGGAAAACAUAAAGCACUUAAUUUGAUUAAUGCCUUUGAAGAAAAAAAACAAUCCAAGCAUUUAACCAAACAGAAGGUGGUGAAAUUCCCAGUUACUGGUGUUUUUGUUACUUGAGUUGGUUCCGUUUUAUCUUAUGAUAAACCGCUGAGUCCAAACAAAGAAUAGGUCAGUUUUCUUAAAAAAAAAAAAAAAUCUAUUAUUUACUUUAACUUUACUCUUUAUAAUGAGAGUGGAGCGUUUUUCUGACAUGACUAACCAGUGUGACACUAAUCAAGGUUUGCACAUUUUAAAUAGAUUACAGAAAUAUGGAAGUGGUGCUUUCUUUUUAUCGUGUUCUUUUGUGGGUUAUGAACCCUUUUAUCGCAGAGCAACAUAAGCUAGAAAAUUUAUUUUAACUGACGAGAUUUACAGAACAAACAUACUUUGAAGUCGUUUAUCACUCUUAUAGCUGUACAGUUUGUUUUCUUCUUGUUUAACAUAUCUAACUGUCAGGCCAGUGUCCUUUACUGAUUGUUUUCUGAGCAUCACCGUGGUAGCGAGGUAGUUGUUGUCUUAAUUACCCACAAUAUACUGACAUGAUUGACUUUCUGAAAGUGGUUAUUAGACAUUAUGAUUAUGCUAGAAUGAUACUACCUUUCACAACUUCACAAACAAAUCUUGCACUAACAUUUCCCUACUAUAAAUGAACUGGAGUUUUAUAUUCCACUGCAGAGUUGCAUGCAAAGACAUAUCUUCUGUUUUUACCAUUUUGCCUGCAGUAUUUUAUUAUGUUUAAGUAAAAGUCACCUUAUUUUAACUUUGGGAGAAGGGACCACAGUGACAAGAUGGUUUGGAAUCAUCGACUGACGUUUGUCGACAACAUUUUUCAGAUGAUCAUCUCAAUGCACCACAAAUGGGUUGAGUAUAUACUCAUGCAGAGGCCUUUAUUAAAACAUCUGUGCUUUGAUUCACUUUUUCUGUUAGUAAAAUAAGGUAACUGAUAUUUUUGUCUGGACUUUGACACACUGGUGUAAUGUCUUUUUUAUUUCCUUUAAGUGCUUCCAGCUAAGAAGCUUUAAAUAAAACUACUGUGAUGUUACACGUCUUAUUAAGUAUCAUGUACAGAUAAACUGAUCACAAGUGGACAGGUAGUCAAAUUUGCAACAAAAAAGCAUAUAUAUAUAUAACUAUUUUUCACUGCUUGGUCAUCACAUUUACACCAGAAAAUGUUUUCAAACUUUUCCCGAACGUAUUAGUAAAGGCUGUAUAUAAUUUUAUUUUUAAAUAAUGGCUGCUGAUCUUUAUAUUUGUGUACUUUAUUAACUUUAAGAAUGGGAUAUGUUUAAGGUCAGCAAAAUCAAAACUUUUGAUAACUUUUUAUUUAAAAUACAAGCUUACCAUGAACAGAUUAAAGGUUAUACACUACAGUGUUGACUAGAGCUUAGUAACUAAAUCUAUGUUUUUUUUUUGUCUAUACAGCUGUGCAUUUGUUUUGUGUUAAAACACACAAAAACUGUUACUGGAAUUGAGGAAGAAAUGUGACUUGAGCCUUCUUUGCCUUGCUGUUGGAUUACAGCUGUUGUUGUUUUGCCAAAGACUAGAAUUACUCACCAUAUAGACGUAGGAACUUCCCACUUUUCUCACAAUUUUUCUCGUCGGUUCAUGAACGUUUUUAAUCCGUCAUCUCCAUCAAACACUACACAGCAAACACUUACUGUCUGAAAAAAAUCUUUUCCUCUUGAUACUUUUGUGAAAUAAAUGCAUGCUGUAUAAAAUAUCAA